GGGGGAGAGUCUGCCGGGCACGAAUUCCUCAGCGCUCCUCAUAUUUCCUGAAAUCUCUUCUCCUCGCGACCAGACGCAGCGUCUUCAUCUUCUUGCUCUCCACCGCAGCCACGGUCUCCUCAAAAUGAUGUUUCGAAGUAUCCCCGUACUUGUUCUUCUGGCCAUCGCCUUUUGUCAUGCCGAGGAGGUGAAGAGCAAGUCGAAGGUUUGCGCCAACGUGUUCUGCGGGGCGGGAAGGGAGUGCGCCGUGACCGAGAAGGGGGAGCCCACCUGCCUGUGCAUCGAGCAAUGUAAGCCACACAAGCGCUCGGUGUGCGGCAGCAAUGGGAAGACGUACCGUAACCACUGCGAGCUGCACCGCGACGCCUGCCUCACCGGCCUCAAGAUCCAGGUGGCGCACGACGGCCACUGCGAGGAGAAGAAAGCCGAGAAAGCGGUUGCCAGCCCAAUUGUGUGUUACCUGGGCGACCGCAACGAGCUGCGCAGUCGGGUGAUCGAGUGGCUGCAGGCUGAGGUCGUGCCCGACGGCUGGUUUUCCAAGGGCUCCAACUUCUCCGACAUCCUGCUGAAGUACUUCAAGAACUACGAUAACGGAGACUCUCAGCUGGACUCUGCCGAGUUCCUCAAGUUCAUCCAGCACAACGAGACGGCCGUCAACAUCAGCUCCUUCACCGACGAGGAGAGCAACCGCCUGCUCAGGAGCCUGUGUGUGGACGCCCUCAUCGAGCUCUCCGAUGAGAACGCCGACUGGAAGCUGAGCUUCGACGAGUUCCUCAACUGCCUGAAGCCCGGCUUCAGUCCCCCAGAGAAGAAGUGUGCGCUGGAGGACGAGACGUACGAGGAUGGGGCGGAGACUCAGGUGGAGUGCAACCGCUGCGUCUGCGCCUGCGGCAACUGGGUGUGCACCGCCAUGACCUGCGAAGGUAAGGACAGGCCGGUAUUGGAGGAGACAGAGGGAGCUGAUCAGGAGAUGACUGAGGAGGAGUGGACCCGGCGUGUGGCCGAGCUCAACAAACACCAGGAGACGGUGGAGAAGAUGAAGUCGAGCACUAAGGAGGUCUAGAGGAAGGCGUGAGAAGGAGGCUGAGGGAGGGUUUGUCCCAGAGAGAGCGAAGGAGAGAGAGCCCUUCCGGCCAGCCCUGCAUCACUCGCUUUCAGGCUGAAGCUUGAAACUUUGUACUGUUGCCAAUAGGAACGUAUCAUUAUUACUUGUUUUAUUUGCCAUGAUUGUUAAUUGUGAUUUUUAUUUUUAUUUUUUAUGUGUAAUAUGAUAUUUUUGUUGCUGUUUGUUAGAAGCGGAUGGGUGGAGUUGGUCAUUCAUGUUUGAUGUUACCAUAUAAAGUGCUGUAACCUGUUAGAGUGUAUCACUGCAAGCCUUGGCAAGCAAGUCCCCACACUCUGGUUGGGGUGUUUUAUUAUUAUUGUUAUUAAUUUUUUAUUUUAUUUUUUACAUAUUUUGUGUUUGUCCUGUUGAAAAAAAAGAAAAAGUGUGUAACCACAACAAAGGCAAUUGUAAGCGAAAGGUAUUAAUGAAAAGGAAACAGAGAGAGAGAGAAAGGUAAUGGUGAAGCAGAAGAGCCUGCUUGUUUUGUUUUGUUUGCGUAUUUGUUUGUUUAGGUCUGUGUGGCUUAGCAUGAGCGAGCUUGAAUUGGUCAGUCGCAUUUUUGGGCCACGCGCAGAGAGUUCCUUCCGCGCGGCGCCGCGCGCUCGCUCUCACAGCAGAGAGGACCGCAGCCCUGCAGCGGAAUGCCCGGGCCGGGCUGUCUUCUCUUCCCAGGCCAGCUCCUGUGCAUUUACGGCCCUCAAUCGCAGUCACCUGUCCGCGAUACCACACCAAGGCAGUAUCAAAAGCCCAGUGUAAUCACUCCGUUGUAAAUGGCGCUUUUGCAAGAUUAUAAGUCACUUAAGAAUGAAAUUUAAAUAUUGGGCUUCGUUGGGGCUUUGAUGUUGAACCCAUAAAGGAUUGACUGUCUGAUAAUGUAGGGACUGGGAUCUGUAUGCGUAUGAAGUAAUACCCAUAAUAGCCCUAUAGUUUCGUCUGGUCCUGAGAUUAGAUCACAACUUUGACCCGAAGGCUCGUGAUAAAUUGAUAAAUGUAAUCUGAUAAUAUAGAUGUUUCCUAUCUGGCCCGGGAGCUCCGAGACGCGAAAGUUAGGACUGUUAGAAGUUCAGGUUGAAAUUUACAAUGGCUGUUUAAAAAAUAAAAUUAAGAAGUCCUCAAAAAAAUACGCUUAGGCACUUCCGUUAUCCCCUGCUCUGCGCGAGCUGUGACGCCCAUGCUAAGUCCGCACACACAGCUUUUCUCGUAUCGUAAACAGCAGUCGCGUGACGUUUUUAAAGGUGCUAUGUUUCUAGGCUUCAGUAAAGUUCUUCUCUACUGUUUUUUUUCCAGCUUGGUAGGAAACGUAACGGCUCUCAUAAAAUGAGCAACAAAGGUGCUGUACAAAAAUGGCACAUUAGUUAAGAAUGCGACUACAAAUAGGCUACAGCUAGAUUAAUUUAACUAGGCGUAGGCCUACCACUCAAGGAGGGUAUUGGUUACUCCCAUCUGUCUUGUGCAAUUUUACAUCAUAAAAUGUACUGAAUAUUAGUUUCAAAGUACGAUAUACUCAUUCAAAUGUGAUAAAAGAUUUUGGACGCAUUUGUGUAAUAGUCUGCGUAUAUUCGAUAUGAGACGAUUGUAUUCGUUUUUUGCUUCACGAUUGUGUUCGGUCAGGUAGCCUGGUAUUGUCGGGUGCAGGGUGAUAAAAUCAUCACAGCGUCACCUGACGUUUGGAGAGCGUGCGCGGCUUUUGCAAAUCUCCUGCGCUGCGGUCAGUAUGUCAGUAUUUGAUGUUUUAGCGCAAGUUGACUCCUGAACGGGUCUGGUUUAAAAUUAAGUCAACGCUUGGAUUAAAAUGGGAGAGACGAACACGACAGCUGGUCAACUCAGAGGGUGGAAUUACUGAAGCCAAAGCCUGCUGUAAGAUUUUGAAUAAAAUGUACAGUACAAUAACUCCGGGUGGCCAUUGCUCUGGACCCAGCAACUACUCUAUACCUUUUAGCUUUCAAAGUGAAAUCUAAUAAAAUAAUUAGAAUAAAUGUCAACUGUGUAGUUUAGGUGCUUUUUAUGUUUUAUUCUCGAAGACCCCACCAAUGACAGGUAUAUCAUGUGUGGUUAUCAGUGCCUUAAAAUCUAAAAUAAAAAUAAAAUAAAAAAACAACAACAACACGUCACCUGCAGAAGCGCGGUUCUCAUGCACCUGCAGUGAAUUUGAACACAACUGAAAACAGCACAAAUAUGUUUGGCAGUAUUACCUUAAACUAGCUCAUUUGUCUUUCUUUUCCCCCCAAUAUAUGUGUUUGUAUGUGUGUGUGUCCUUCACUGUUCACGGAGAAAACCAUUUUGUAUUCUUGUAAAAGGUUAUUACUUCUUGUUUACUCGCUCAUUUAUUACAACUAAAUGUCAUACACGACUUUGGGGUAUACAUGCCAAUAAACAAAAUUGCUAAAUAAAUACAUUUACAACUA